AUGGAGAAAUCUUCAACAACGACCGAUCAACCGCUAGCCGACUCUCGGUUCAAGCGAUGGCCAGCGAAGGUUGUCUGUACUGUGUUGCUACUCGUCUUGCUCAGCCUCUAUCGCGACCUACGGAGCGUAUCUUACGAUGGCUUCCAUCUUCAGUACUGCGCUGCCCUGACUGGUAGCUGUGCGAGGAAAACCCCCUACGGUCGUUUUCCACUUCCCGACGACCCGUUCCAUUUCAUGCCUUGCACGAACGCGACUCUUCCUCCACCUCUUGAUGACCCAACCCCACAGCGCACCUGGGCUCGCCUCCUCGAUCCGGAUGCUAGACAUUGGAGCUGGGGCAACAGGACGAGCGAAGACAUCCUGCGGGCUGGAGAUCCAUACGCUCAGCGUGGCAUCUACUUGUGCGGCUACCUCGACGUUCCGCUCGAUUACACCAACGGCUCAGACAGCCGCAUCGCUCGGCUCGCUGUGACGAAGUAUCAGGUAUCUGGCCUUGUGCAUGCCGAUGAAAUCAUUAAUAUUGAAGCGACGCCUUGUCCUGGGAGUAAAAGCGAGAGAACGAUUGUUAUUGAGCCAGGCGGCCCCGGCGGAAGCGGCACUUCGUACACGUGGCGAGUUGCGGAGGAGGUAUCCCAGCGCCUCAGCGAUAGACGGUUCGAUGUUCUGGGAUGGGACCCUCGAGGUGUGAAUGCGUCCUUGCCCGCCAUUGCCUGCUUCCCAUACAAUGCUGACCGAGAUCGCUGGUCUCUGCUUACGGGACAGUACCGGGAAGUGACUGGAUCGCCUGAGUCUCAGCUCGAGCUGGCCGACGCAAUGAACGAAGCGAGAUUCCGUGCGUGCUGGGAGCGUCACGGGGACCUGCCGCGCUUCGUUAGCACGGCCUUUGUUGCGCGGGACUUGGAAGAAAUUCGUAAAGCACUCGGUGAGGAUGAGUUGACAGGCUAUCUUGUCAGCUACGGUACCGGAAUUGGCCAGACCUAUGCCAACAUGUUCCCAGGCAGUGUUGGUCGUAUGGUUCUUGAUGGCACGGAGUAUGUUCGCGACCAUCGACUUCUUGGUGGCUUCGGAUGGACCGCAUUGGACAACGCCACCGAUGCUUGGCACGACGGCUUUCUUGGUGAGUGCCUACAUGCGGGACCUGAGCAUUGUGCGUUGGCUCAAACGAAAGGCGACGAGCCGGUUACUCCCGAAGCGUUGGAGCAUCGGAUGGACAGCUUGAUCACUUCACUUAUCGCUCGACCGAUACCGGGCUACACUGCAUCGAGCGGACCGUCGCUUAUCACAUAUUCGUCGGUCAUCUCAGCUAUCUACGGAGCCAUGUAUAACGCCCAAAGCUGGCCGGCGCUGGCCCAAAUGCUAUAUGAGCUCGAAGAUGGCAACUCUACUCUUGCUACAGAAUUUCUCGAAAGAGCCCAGUGGGAGUACGACCCAACACUGCCAUCCCCACCAUCACCAAAACCGGCAUCCGAUGAGCUCGGGUCACUAGUCAUUUGCGCUGAUUCCUAUGAUGCCCUGGAGCCACCUGAGGGUCUCGCAUGGUGGGAAUCCUUGUGGGCUAACAUGACAGCUCAGGCCUGGAUAUCAGGAAACUCGCGUUUCUUCGAUGUUCUGCCUUGCCGCCACUUCUCUACCUACUGGCCGAACCCGGCAGAGGUGUAUCGCGGGGAUCUGAACAAGACCUUGAAGAAUCCAGUGUUGCUUAUCGCGGAGACAUACGAUCCUGCUACGCCCCUGCGUAACGGCAGAAGGCUUGCCAAUGAGAUGGGUGCCAAUGCUCGACUGAUUGUCCACCAUGGAUACGGGCAUGCGUCCAGAGAUAGGUCUACGUGCACGGACACGAUCGCGAAAGCGUAUAUCAAUGGCAAGGUGCCCGGUGAGCCUGAGACGGCUUGCUACGCUGACGAGAAGCCCUACCUCUAUGGUGUUACAGCGGUGGAGGGCGGCUCAGCAGGACCUGACGUCCGUGACCUGGUCGCCAUGUGGCGGGAGCAUAUUCUAGAGCUAUCCCAAUGGAACCUGAGGCUUGUGUCUUAA